AUGUUUGAAAAAUCACUCACAGAUCUAAUUCGCGGAAUACGUGCAAAUAAAAAAAAUGAACAAAAAUACAUCGCUUCAUGUCUUCAAGAAAUUCGUCAAGAAAUCAGAACCAAUGACCCAGAUAUUAAAGCGACGGCAGUAUCAAAACUAACUUAUCUUCAAAUGCUUGGUUAUGACAUGUCAUGGGCUUCUUUUCAUGUAGUAGAAGUUAUGUCGUCUCCUAAAUUUCCUCAAAAACAAACAGGAUACUUAGCGGCAACGCAGUCUUUUGGACAAGAUACCGAUGUUUUAAUGCUUACUACAAAUUUAUUUAAAAAAGAUCUCGCGUCAGGGAAUCAUCUUGAAGUGGGAAUUGCUCUUAAUGGAUUAUCCCAUAUUGUUACACCGGAUCUUGCUCGCGACCUUUGUCAAGAUCUAGCUUCUAUGCUCAGUCAUUCUCGACCGUAUGUGAGAAAAAAGGUGGUGCUUGUUCUUUAUAAACUUUUUUUAAAAUUUCCUGAAGCUUUAAGAUUAAGUUUUCCACGAUUAAAGGAACGACUCGAUGAUCCUGAUUCAUCGGUUAUAUGUGCUGUAGUAAAUGUUAUAUGUGAAUUAGCACGUAAAAAUCCAAAAAAUUAUUUAUCUCUCGCUCCGCAAUUAUUUAAGUUAUUAAAUGCAUCAACCAACAACUGGAUGCUUAUUAAAAUUAUUAAAUUGUUCGGUGCUCUGACACCACUUGAACCUCGCCUUGCUAAAAAACUUCUACCACCAAUUACACAUCAAAUACAAACGACAGCAGCAAUGUCCUUAUUAUAUGAAUGUAUACAUACCGUAAUCAUUGGUGGCAUGUUAAAUUCAAGUGGAAAUUCGGAUUCUCUUGCCGCCAUGUGUGUCAACAAGCUGAGAAUCUUUUUGGAAGAUCCUGAUCAGAAUUUGAAAUAUGUGGGUCUUUUAGCUUUAUCUAAGAUUCUUCCAACACACCCGAAACUAGUAUCAGAACAUCGUGAUAUCAUUUUGAAAUGCAUUGACGAUGCCGAUAUUAGUAUUCGUCUUCGUUCGUUAGAUUUGCUUGUCGGCAUGGUAAAUAGGAAAAACCUCUUUGACAUUGUCAAGCGAUUGAUGGCCCACCUUUUGCCAAGCAAUUAUAAUGGUCCAUCAACCGAUUAUCCCCCACUUUCUACUUUGCUUGAACCUGCCUACCGAUCUGAUAUCAUACACCGCAUUAUAUAUAUUUGUUCUCAAAAUUCAUAUAGUAAUAUAACGAAUUUUGAAUGGUAUAUUGCUGUCUUGGUAGAUUUAACAUACGUUGCUGGUGUCAAUGUUGACGAACUUUUAAAGUCACAAAUUAUGGAUGUUGGUGUACGCGUCAAAAGUGUGCGACAAUAUUGUGUUAAAACCAUGCAACGAUUACUUUCAGACAAGGAUCUUUUGGAAAAUUGCAAACUUCCUCAGACAAAUGCCAAAGUUCUUUAUGCAGCGGCUUGGAUUACAGGGGAAUAUUGCAGUUACUUGGAAAAACCUCUUGAGACAAUGGAAUAUCUUGUGCAACCCGGUGUCACAAAGCUACCACAUGAAGUUCAGGCUGUAUAUAUACACAGUGUUCUGAAAAUUUACGCUUUUUGGGUAACUAACUUGACUUAUAAUUGGGACGAAGAUGCUAGAAAUGAAUUAUUGCGGUUUACAGGAAUAUUGAAAGACAAAAUCGGAAUGUUUUGUUCAUGUACAGAUUUGGAAGUACAAGAACGAGCAUAUAAUAUACGCGAAAUAUUUUCUAUAAUCCAUCAAAAUUUGACAACGACUGAUUCUAUAUUCGAAGUUGAAAAUGUUUACGGAAAACCACCAAAAGUUCUCUCUGAACUUUUCCUACUCUUUUUUUCUUAUGAGCUUAAUCCUGUAGCUCCAAAAGCUCAAAAGAAAGUUCCUAUUCCUGAGGGAUUAGAUUUGGAUAAGUGGAUAAAUGAACCGUUACCUGAAUCAGAAAGUAGUGAGAGUGAAGAGGAAGAGAGUUACGGGUAUGGGUAUGGACAAAAACUUGGUGGAAGUUGGGAUUUAAUAUUCUCAAGUGGUAAUGGGACUACCAUAGGAAGACGUAGGGGAAGAAAAUCCAAAGAAUAUGGAAGCGAAGAAGAUGAGAAAACCAAAGAAAGACGACGCAAUGAGCGAAGAGAAAGGAUUAAGAAUGAUCCCUUUUACAUCGAAGUAAACGAAAAGGAGUCAUUAAAACGAACAAAUUCCAAUGGAUCUUCCAAUCGUAUUGCGGAAGAUAUUGAUAUUGAUUCUAUACCUAUUGUACACUUAACAAUGAAUGAAUUUGAUUUUAAACGUAAUAAAAAAUCAUCAAAACUCAAAAAGUCCAAAGGUUCUAAACAAGGGAAACAGCAAUCUUCAUCUUCACCCCCCACAUCACCUAUUAUAUACACCGACGUUGGUGAGAUGCCAGAGAAUGCUACUUUAUCAGAUGAAGAAAAAGAAAAAAAAUCUAUUGAAUUAAAUAAAUCGUGGGAUACUUUAUCAAAGAAAAAUGGAAUUUUGGACAUAGAUUUUUCUGGAAUAGCAAACGUAGAUUUGUCAACUCCACUAGGAGAUAAUGAAAAACUUCCACAGACAGCAAGUGAUAAAUCUAAGAGAGCUCUGAGAGAAAAAUCAAAUUCUAAAACCUCACCUAAGUCAAAAAAUGUAGAAAUCGAUGAGAAACCUUCAAAAGCGAAGGUUUCAUCAAGAAAAAAGCGAAAGGAAAAAGAUCCAUCAAAGGAAAAAGAUCUAUCAAAGCAAAAAGGAAGAAAGUCUGGUCAAAAGAAAAUGAAAAAUACCGCGAUAUCUGAAAUAUCUGAAAUAUCUACUACAUCAACAAAAAUUAAUACAGAAGUUGGUGUCGUAGAGAUAUACGAUAAUAAAACACCAGCCAAGACAUUAGUUGAUUCGGACGAUAUUCAAAUAGUAAGAUCUCUUACGGAAGUUAUAAACGAACCACCAACUAUAAUUGUAGAGUUCUCUCUUCAUAAUAAAAGUUCUCUUCGUUCUCCACUUUCUCAGAUAGCAUUUUCAUUUGAAUCAACAUCAGACAUUCAAUUUGAUAAUACAUUUAUAGAAAUAGAGGAUAUGUUAUAUUAUGAUGGAAAAAAGGACGUGAGCGUUAAAUUCAAAGUUCCGGGAAUAGUGGGAGUGGGUUUAAGUGUGUCUGGAAAUGUUUCAUACACAAUAAAGUCGGAUGAAGAAAUCAAAACAAAUAAUGAUAUUCCUAUCAGAUUUGAAUUACCUCUUCCGGUAUUUAUGUUAAAUGUGCCUCGCAUCACUUCAGAACAAUUUUCCACUUUAAUUUCUCAAACAUCAGAGUUUCCAUUCACUGGAUCAACUACCAUUCGUCUAAAUACAAGUAAUUCGAUUGAACAAGCUUUUCAGAAUGAAUUAAUAAGAUUAACAACAAUUGCUACCGGAACACAUAUUGUAGAACAAGUACCCGGAGCAAUAACAAUUUAUGGUAAGAGUGUUCAAGGGUAUCAAGUUGCAGGAUUGGCUAAAUUGACCGUUGAAGAUGAUUCCGGCAUUACUAAAAAGGCGAGCAUUAAGAUUGAUAUUAAAUGUACAGAUCAAGCAUUCGUGGAUGGGUUGAUAAGAGAAAUUGAACAAUUGUUUCGAGAAGAACUUUAA